AUGUCGACGAGAUUGUCACCUCUGUUCAUGCUCUUCUCCUUCGUCGGCGCUCUUUGGGGCUACUGGGCCAUCCUCAAACAUACUUCCCUCGUUACAGCAGCCUUUGCAACCUCCCCGGCCUCGGCUCAAGCACCCCUGGCUGGCUCUCCUGAGGCACUGAACCCCAAACUGACCAAUAUCAUCGCCGAGGAUGUCAUCAAGCUCUACUACAACGGCUCAGGGCCGGUCCCUGCGUACGACAAGGGGUCGCCAUUGCCAGAGGCCAUCACCCCGCUGGGCGAGGCGGUCGUCGAGGAGUCAAUCCUGAACGAGCUGCUCUCCAUCCUGCACACCUCGUACUACCCGGACAACUGCUCGAAAUGCAUUGCCGCGGGCCAGGUGCUCCACGUCGCGGCCAUCAGUCAGCCAGUGGCUGUCUUUACAAACGUGCUCGUGAGGGCGUGCAACGCUGUGCCGGAGUUUAAGGCACAGCUGCGCGCGGCGUCUUGCGAGUCGCAUUUCAGCGGCGAGGCCGGCGCCGGCUACGGUCCGUAUAUGGCGCAGCUGUUUUCCAAAAUGACCUUGGCCACGGGCGACAUGCAGCACUGGUGCGCCAUCAACUACGAGUUCUGUGAGCAACAGCCUCCGGUCCUGAUCGAUGAGGACUUGUACUUUGACCCCAAGCCAGACUCGGCGAACGUGGCCCCCGAGCCUUCUGGUCAGACUUUCAACGUACUCCAUCUCUCCGACUGGCACCUGGACCCGCGCUACGACAUUGGGUCCGAAAGCAAUUGUUCCAACUACAUGUGCUGCCGACCGUAUUCUGUGAACGAGGAACUGUCUACCGAUGCGCACAACCCGUCCAUCCCGGCGUCGCGAUUCGGGUCGUUCCUGUGCGACUCGCCCGCCGAUUUGGCCUUGUCGGCACUCGUCGAGAUGCCCAAAUUUGUCGACAUGGACGAGCUCUCCUUCAGUAUUUUCACGGGCGACAUCGUCUCGCACGACCCGGAGGACUUGCUGUCUCGCGACUACGUGGCGUACGAGGAGGAAGUGACGUUCAAGGUCUUCAAGCGCCUGCUGGGCGACAGGAUCCCCGUGUACACGGCGCUGGGGAACCACGACACGCUGCCCGUGGGGUUCAACACGCCGCACAGCAUGAACCCGGACCCGACCAACCGGAGCAGCAACGCCCUGCAGUGGAACUACGACCUCGUCGCGUCGCUGUGGUCCCCCUCCGGCCACGCGUGGCUCAACGACUCCGAGGCCGAGUUCGCCGCCACGCACUUUGGCGCGUACGCGACCACCACGACGCAAGGCCUGCGGAUUAUCUCCAUAAACUCCGACUUCUGGUACAAGGAGAACAUCUUCAACUAUUGGAACGUGACGGACCCGGAUCCUAGCGGGGUGCUCAAGUGGGUGGCCGACGAGCUGUCGGCGUGCGAGCGGAAGGGUCAGCGCGCGUGGAUCAUCGCCCAUGUGCUCUCGGGGUAUGACGGCUCCGCGGGCAUGCCGAAUCCCACGGCCCUGUUUUACUCGAUCGUGCGGCGUUUCUCGCCGGCGACAAUUGCGGCGGUGUUUUUUGGACACACGCACCAAGACCAAGUGCAGAUCUUCUACGACUACCUGCCUUCGUCGCUCGUCGCGCCCUCGAAUUCCGAAUCCAAGACCCUCCGCGACACGACGCAGGUCGACUUCACCAAGCCGCUCCAGAUCGGCCACAUUGGCCCGUCAAUCACGCCCCUGACGGGCCUCAACUCGGGCUAUCGCGUCUAUCAAGUCGACACGGCGACCUUUUCCAUCAUGGGCGCCCAGACGUACUUUGCAAACAUGUCCAACAGCCUCGGGUGGACGACGCCGGUUUGGGAAUUCGAGUAUGAUACGCGAGAGGUGUAUUCGAUCCCCGAGAUCGAGGACGACGACGAAAGCGGUGAUGACGUAGAAGGACAGGAGAAGGGGACGGGGAGAGGAAAGGGAAGGGGAAUUUCCUGGCCGGCCUUAUCCCCCCUGAACGCGACAUUUUGGCACCUCGUCACGGAGAAGAUGCUCAACGACUCGUCGUCAUCAUCUCCCUCACGUCGUCACGAUGAUGACGGGGAUAGCGACACCGCAUCCCCGCUCCUGCAGCUCUACGAACGCCACGAAUCCAAAUCGAGUUCCCACCCGGACCGCCGCGUCAGCGGCGACGGCAACCCGGCGCAAAAGGUGUGUUUUUUGCGCGCGGGGAGCGGGUACUUGGGCGUGAUGUGCAAGAGGAAGUAUGGCGACGGUGACGGUGGUGGAGGUGCACGGUCGAUGCGGGAGAGGGAGUUUGGUGUGCGCUGA